CUGUAGUUACUCGAAGCACUCGACUACCUCCCGUCCUGCAUCGUUGCCUUGAUACCUACCCAACUGCGAAUGCUACAUUCUGACUUCAACCACACACUACUACCACCCACUACAUCCUACCUCUUCCUCCACCACCACUACUAACCACCAAACCCAAUCCACCACACAACAUAAUCACAUACUUGCUGAUUCAUAUAAUAACGGUCGCGUAAUGCUAGAGUCUGCACGACCACACCAUCCUCCAAGUUCGAGUUCGAGUCCAACUGCGGCGCCAACUAAUGGUUCCCCGCGACCCGUCGAGAACGGUCGUCACCGCAAGAGCGUAAUAACCCUCGACACCCAGAACCUCACCAAGUCACCCAUGUCCCCACGGCCAUCCUCAGCGCACUCCAUGACGAGCAGCAGCGGCACCGGCAGCGCACACCCCACACACGAGACCCCCACUUCGCCGAGCAGCGGCGGCGGCAACCAUGCCCCCUCGCGGCGGCCCUCGUGGCUGACCAGUUUCUCGUCGAAAUUCUCGUCGACGUCCAGCGUCGAAGUGCAAGCGGCGUCGGGAAGUAGUACGUCCGCGACCACUUCGCCCACGGCAACCCCCGAGCCACCGAAGCCCCACAAUACCCCGCCAGGGUUCCUGCUCUCGACGCUGCGCCGGCUGUCCUCAUCGACCGCUCGCGAAACGUUCGGCAGGAGAGCCUCGGUGCCCUCCGUGGGACUGUGCGACCGGGUGAUUCUCAACAGGGAUCAGCAUCGCGAACGUUCUGAAAUCCCCGAACUGGACGGCGGCAAGCUGCGGAAGGUCUCGUUUUGCGUCGAUGUCGAGGUUGCGCCGUGCCACGAGGAUGUCGAGGCUCGCAAGGAGGCCCGCAGGAGAAGGAAGGAGGCAAAGGAGAAGGAGAAGGAGAAGGAGAAGGAGAGGUUGAAACAACUGAUGGAAGAUGGUUCUCCCGAGAUCGCCAAUUGCGAUGGCGCUGGUACCGAUGGUGCGCCGCUCGUCGCCAGCACCACCACUGGAGAUGCGGAGAAGAAAGGGCGCGGGGGUGAGAUGACGAAUGGAUCUGUAGACCCAGCAUCAGGGAACGGGGCUGCCAAUGGCACUAGUAGAGAUCGGCCACAAGACUCCACCGCCGCCGAGGAUAACCCGUCGGCAAAUCCAGACUUGGCGCCGGCGUCUGGGUCGGCGACAGACAAAGUGCCCAAGGUCCGUCGGCGAAUCCACCCAAAGCCCACAACCGAUCCGCUCAAGAUAUAUACCCAAUGCUGCCAGCUGCGGGAAACAAAGGUCUUGCCCGAGGUCAAGGAGCAGCUCGUCAAGGAAAACUACCCCACUGUGUUGCGGGUCAUGGAUCUCACCGGGCAUAAAUUCCAGGUUGCAGAUGCGGUUACAUUUGCCGACUUUUUGGCUCUGGUGCCCAUCAAACGGCUGAUAUUGGACGACUGCGAUCUCACGGAUGAGAUACUUCGGAUGGUGCUCUCGGCGCUCUCGGCAGUCCGGCCAAUUGUGGCCACCACCACCUCGGAAGAGAGUGAGGGUGAGGCAAAAGGCAAGCCGAACGGGAAAGAUGAGAAGCACCACAGGGGCGUCGUUGAGCGACUGUCCCUGAAGAAGAACCCAAAGAUUGGAAGGGAGGGAUGGAGACACAUCAGCUGCUUCGUGCAUAUGUCGCAUUCACUGAAAGCACUCGAUCUGUCCAGAAUUGUUCUGCCACGGCCCAUGCCUGUUCACCAUACCACCCUGGGGCGGAUAGUUCAAUCAAAGGACCUGCCUUCCAAUGAUGCUACGGCGAUAUUCUCGAGGGCGUUGGCGGAACGGCUUUGCGGCCAUGGGCUCGAAGAGCUGGUGAUGGGACAUUGCAGUCUGAGUUCGGACCAGCUGAAACUCGUGAUGAAGGGCGUCGUUGCCGGCGGGACGAAGCGGUUGGGACUCGAGGGUAAUUCGCUCACCGACGAUGGCCUGGCUAUGGUUGGACAGUGGAUGAAGGGCGCCGGUACUGGUGGGGCUUCCAUCUGUGAGGCUCUCGAUUUGUCCCACAAUGAUGUUCAGGACCAUAUUGACAUCCUGUCGGCAUCGAUCAAUGAACUGUCCCCCCUAUGUGCAUUGAGCUUAUCCAACUGCAACCUCACUCCCGCAUCGCUGUCGAGCCUUCUUCCAGCACUCGCGACUCUCCCUCAUUUCCGAUGGCUCGAUCUGUCGCGCAACCCGCGGUUGUUCUCGGAGCAGCCGGACAGUCUCACGCUUCUUCGGAGAUUCUUGCCGAAGAUGAAGGCGCUGCGGAAGAUUGAUCUGGCGGGUACAUCGAUGACAUCGGAUCAUGCCAUCGCACUCUGCGAGAUCCUGCCGGAAGUCAAGCAGUUGUCAUUCUUCAAGAUUACCGAGAAUCCGUUGAUUCAGUCCGGUCACGCUGGGAUGGACGAGGGAUCUAUGGAGGAGGGCGCAGCUGUGUAUACGGCACUGGUGGCCGCCGUCAAGGUCUCGAAGACAAUCGUCAGGGUCGACAUCGACGAAGCCGGCUCGUCCGCGGGAGAAGUCAUCCACGCACUGUCCAAACGACUGCUCGCGUAUUGCCUGCGUAACAUCGAGUCUGGAGCUACCGAGGAGGACUGGACGGUUGACACGGCAGCCGUCUCACGGGAUGGCUCGGAGAUGAAGCAUGCCUCGCCGGACGUCUGCGUCAAUGUUGGCGAUCUCGAAGAGGAAGACCGCGGUGCCAACUAUGAAUACGAUGGGGAUGGGGUGUGGCAGGACGAAGAAAACUACGUUGUCGGCGGCACCGGUGUGGUUAAAGCACUCGGAGUGUGUCUCGGCAACAAGCCGCACCAUGGUGCCCGUGCCAAUUCUCUCAGUGGCUUCCCGAGUCUGCAGAAAGUGGAAAGUGCCAGUUCGAUCGGCUCGUUCGGCGAGGACGAAGCGGGCCAGGAGAAGGCGAACGAGAUGACCAAAGCCCUCCUGACCCGCGCUCGAAACAUCAAGGCGCGCAUCCAGCCGGCACUGCGGAAGGGCUACACUGGGGAUAUCGAGGAGUUGUCCUACAGAAGACUGCUCUUCCUGGACGAGACCCUCUACCGCGUCAUCCACCGCUUUGAGGAGGAAUAUCCCGAAUGCCGCCAGCCACUGCCAUCCAUCGCCGAGCCGCCGAGCAAGGCGUCGUCGUCAACGUCGGGCGCCCCUCUCCACAGGAUAACUACCCGCAUCACACGCGACGACCACGAGUUCGAACACGACGACUCGCCGCUCUCUCCCACCACCACACACCACACACACAUCCUCAAGCCGUCAUCGCGCCGCGGCUCCGAGGUCUCGCUGCACUCGAAAUACCUGCAGAACGAGGAGGGCCAGAUGCACAAGCUCGGGCACUACAUGGCGCACGAGAUCUUCUCUGACUCGCCGACGCCCAGCAGCAGCAGCCGCCAGUCGGAGGAGCCCGAAGCCGACGCCGAGGAGAUGGCUGCCAGGAAGGCCCACCGCGAGAGCGUGCUGCUGGCUGUAGAGGGUUACUCUGGCGAGGAGCUGAAGCGCCGCAUCAUGGAACAGGAGGGCGGCGUCGAUGGGUACAUCUCGAAGAUUGAGGGCGAGAAGGCCGCGAGGAAGUUGAGUAGAGGCCCUAGUCCUCUGCCGCCGACGGAGAGGUCCAGGGAGAGGCGGUGAGAGGCGC